UUUCUGUACUACUAUGCAGACCCUUCAAACACUGCUCUGGUGUUUACUGUAAUCACCCUGCUUACUAUUAUAAUAUAGAAAAGUGUCACAUACACCCCGAAAAAAGGCACCUAAUGAGUAGUAUUUCAUAACCAAAGAAGUUAGGUGAGUCUUUCCCGUUCGCCCUCGGAAACAGACCUGUUGGCAUGACAGUCCUAUACGACUGUAAGUAAACUCAAAACGAUUUAACCAAAGCAGGCACAAACGCAUCUUUUCGCCUCAGCAUCAGUCUAAUCGCGAAAGGAAUUACUCAUAAUUUUGCUAUCAGACAAGACGAUAUUCAAUUCCCAUUUGCGAAUAUCUGAAAGUUUAUGUGACAAUAUAAAUACAUCCUUUAAAGCAAACCCCGCGCCCCUCGCUAGGGGGCGCUCCCGCAUUAUCACGCCGUCAUUCCAAAGGACGAUCGCUUCCGGGUGCUUAAGCGCACGACAACCAGUCGGAUAGUGACGAGACUUUUACAGAUGACGACAUUGUCGGACGUUGCACUGAAAUAUUUCCUACCUACGGAAAACACCACGCUUCAUUCAACACUACAUCCCGACAUCUAGUGUAGUUUAUUAACGGAACCUAUUGGAUGUCUGUUUUGCUGGGCUGCGCGCUCUCGGCUUACUGCCCCACGUCUCCCAACAGCUGCAUGCAGCUGCUGUAAGGGCGAUUCCUGUUCUGACGGGCCAUGGGCGCGGACGGCGCCCCCUGGCGGAAGGUGCUCUACGAGCGCCAAUCCUUCCCGGAUAACUACGUGGACAGUCGCUUUCUGGAGGAAUUGCGGCGCAAUGUGGGUGUGCGGAGGUACCGCUACUGGGCCGUGGUGCGGGAGGCAGGCCUGGUGGCUCAGCAGCUGUCCUGUGUGGCUGUGGUUCUCACGUUGUGGUCCUACAUGGAUCAGGGCCAGCUGGCCCCAGCCACACUGCUGCUGGGCAGCGUGCUGUGUGCCCUGUUAGGCUAUGGGUUGUACCGUGCCCUCGGCAGGGGCCACAGCGUGGAGCGGACACGCUGCGCCGACCUUCAGAGCGCCACCAUCUUCAUGGCCUUUACCUUUGGCUUCUCGCCGGUGCUGAAGACACUGACAGAGUCGGUGAGCACGGACACGGUGUACGCCAUGACGGCGCUCAUGCUUCUGGCCCACCUGGUGUCCUUCCCCUACGCCCAGCCCAGCCCGCCAGGUAGCUUGUCGCUCAACGCGGCCCUCUUCGCGUCUGUGUGCCUAGCCUCCCGCCUGCCAGGGGCGCUGUACGUCUUCGCUAUGAUGACAUGCGCCAUGCUGGUGUUUGCUCUCUGGCCCUGUCUGCUGCACCGGCUGCGCGACGUGGCCCCGUGCACCUUCCCCUGGGCGGCAGCGCUGGUGUCGCUGGGGGGCGUGGCCGGCCUGGCCAGUCUGUCCCCUGCGGGCGCCCUGCUUCUGACCUUGACGCUGCUGGCUCUGACUCUGCUCUGCCCCCUGCUGCUGCUGUGGCUGCAGCGGCACAAGGACAACAUUCACGGGCCCUGGGAUGAGGCGGAGAUCCACGAGGAUCUGUCUCGCAUACUGAGGGCGAAGGACUGACAGCGCCCUGCUCAGGACAAGGCUGCAGAGCAGAAAGCCGGCAGUUGAGCCCCCUUAAACGACCACGACUGUGCCGACAUUGCAGCCCCCUUUUGUAGGACGCACCACGAUCCAGGCCCAUUUAGUGAAAGAGAUGGAAAGAGCUAUACGCUAAAAAGGUCCAGAUGAACCUGAGAAUUGGCAGAGGUUUAGUUUAAUGCACCAAAUACUGAAAACUUUAUACUUGACAGUCUGAAGAGUUGAAUGUGUGUUCUGUUUUAAUGUUUUAAAUAAAAUAGCCUCACCUGCA